AUGGUUGGUCUUUCGGUGGCUGUAGGUCUGUCCCUUGGUGUCCCCAUUGGGUGCGGUGUUGCUCUAACGGGUGCCUUUUGGGUCGUCAUGCAACGGCGGCUACAGCGAGAGGACGUUCGAGAUCUGCUCUUGCAGCAGGAGAUCGAUGGUGAUGGCGAUGCGCAAUUCGACACGCUGCUAGACGCCGUCUGGUUGGGGCCCAUGAGUCACACGGCCCCCUCCGCGUACACCCCUGCGUACCGUCGUCAAAUUACAGACGAAACCAGCGCGAGUAAGAACGGCGCUUCGAGCAAGUACCAGACGCCACCGUCUCAGAUAGCCUCCGAGAGUAUACGCAGCGACUCGUGCCCCUACGACCUGAUGGUGCCUCUACUUGAAGGGGAGCGGGCCCCACGAGACGGACAGCUGCUUCGGAACCUCUACAGGCAGGACUUUGGGUCUUACUAUCCUCGUCGGGACUCUCGGGAGGUAGUAUUACCUCGUUGA